AAGAAAAAAUGUCCAAGAUGGCGGCUGUUAUGGAAAGUGGGGAAGAUGCAUUCAAGCAACUUUUUAAGUUUUAUAAGCGCAGAAAACCUCCACCAGACUUCAGUGAGGUGAUCAACUUCUCCGGGAACCUUUGCACUGGCAAGGUGGUUCCGAUCAAACUCAACCCCACUGCAGUCUCUGAUGCUGCAGCCUCCAGAGUGGGUCUCAGACCAGCCCUGGACUGGAGAGCCUUUGGUCUUCAGGGAUGCCCAGGAUUCAUCUUUAUCUCAGACCCCUUUCGGAAAGACUCCCAGCCCUUCUGGAUCCGACAGUGCCUGAAGACAUACCCACAGAAGCCCAACGUAUGUAACCUGGACAUGCAUAUGUCCCCUUGUGAUACCCAGGACAUAUGGGAACGCAGCGUGAACAGCCUCAGUUCACCAACCCCACCUAGACGCCAAGAGAAGAGUCUGCUGGAGCGACUGCGCUGGGUCACCCUAGGCUAUCAAUACAACUGGGACACUAAGCUGUAUUCUGCAGACCACUACACCCCUUUUCCAGCUGAUCUUCAGUCACUGUCGCAGCAAAUCGCUCUGGGCUGCGGCUUCGGUGACUUUAGGCCUCAGGCAGGAAUUCUCAACUACUACAGGAGUGACUCAUCUCUGGGCAUCCACGUGGACGAGUCCGAGCUGGACCACAGCUGUCCUCUCCUCUCAUUCUGUUUUGGGCAGUCAGCCAUCUUUCUCCUCGGUGGUAAGCAGCGACAGGACCCCCCUACAGCCAUGUUCAUGCACAGCGGAGACGUGAUGGUGAUGUCCGGACAGAGCCGCCUUUUCUACCAUGCUGUUCCCCGGAUUGUCCCCGCUAACCCAAGCCUCUUCUCCUCCAAGCUCCAGAACCCCCCUGCUCCACCUGAUCUGCAGACCCAGACCACCCCCCUAGAGACAAACUCAGUGCUGGAGCCAGUGUCGGAGCAGGACUGGGCCAUAUGUCUCAGGUAUAUAGAGAGCUCCAGGAUUAAUGUGACUGUCAGACAAGUGCUGGGACCUGGCCAGAGCUUUCCUCACAGCUGAUUAUGGAAAGACAUUUUCACAUUAGAAAAAACUAAAAUAAGUGACAUUGGGAUUCAUAUUAGUCUGGACAAUGAUGGUUAAGAAGAGGAUUCAUUUUAAUGUGAUUUACCAUUCACGUGCACAAUAUGUAUUUAUUAUUAAAAGGUGGAUGGUGAUGUGUUUCCUUUCUGUCCAGACAGUUACAUCUUACAAAAUGAAUAACUAUGACUUUCCAUCUGAGUGCUUUUGAGUCAAAAUAUGCUAAUUUCCACCACUAAUAAUUGUGCAAAGUAUUAGUGGUAUCAUAUGUAGGCUGAAGGCUCUGAGAAUUAGCCUACUGUUAAAUAGCUCAAGUGUUUGCUGGUACAUUAUGUUGCCCAAAAAUAUAGCUUGCAGUGUCUUGAGUACAAUUUUGAUGCAAUGAAACUCAUGAUAGAUAAAUGAAUGCACAGCUGUCUCUUGCCGUGUUGUUUGGGUAUGAGACGAUGUGGUUGAACUCCAGCCUGGUGACAAUCCGAUCCUUUGCCUGUAGCCUUCAUCUCGCCACAAAGCCUUUGUUUUCCAGAAGAAACCUCAUCAACACCAGGUGGACCUAAACUACAACAACACAUUGUCUGCCAACUUUCCACCUCCCACCAUUCUGAAUCAUCCAAUUUGUUUGAGAUUAGAUGAGAAUCUGAGUUUAUUUGCUUGCCGGUCCUUGUAAAAUAUGUAGUUUUACGCUGCUACACCCCCACUCUUCUUGCUGCUACCCAAUAAAAGACAUUACCACCUCCAAACCUGAAAACAGAUGCGCUCAUAAAGGGGUUUGUAACUAGACUGGAGCUGCACCUGUC